AUGGAUGAUUUAGUUAAUCAGGUAGUUGAAUGUGCUAUACCAAUAUUUGAACGAACACACCCCAACAAGAUAGCUCUAUUUAUGUUUGAUAAUAGUAGCAAUUAUAGUUCAUUUGCUGAAGAUGCCCUUUUGGUCUCACAAAUAGGUAUGAAAGAUGGUACAAAAAAACUACUUCAUAAUAAUAAUACAAUGUCUGAUAGUUCCAAGCAUAUAAUAAUCUAUAUAGACAAUGCUAAUGUAAAAAGACCUAAAGGAAUUAAACAGGUUCUUGAAGAAAGAGUAUUAGAUUUUGUUAGUUUAUUAAAAAUUUACCACUUUGCUUGCCAUUCUGAACAAUUUAUAAGUGCUUAUGAACUUGGACUUUCUGGAAAGGCUGCUGACUUUGCAGUAAAGAAGUAUCGUUCUCAUCAUCGAAUUUCAGAACAAGUUCUUGAAGAAUUCGCUUAUGAUUAA